AUGGCGAAUCCACCAACUUCUCAUAAUCUCCCAACUCCUGCCAAGGGUUCCACCGAGCCUUUCUGGCAUUCUGAGAAGCAUCAGCUUCAUGAUUACAGAAGUACGGAUACUCUGCCAGUCAACGAAAUCAUUGAUGUCAUUAUCAUUGGUGCAGGCUAUGCUGGAGUAGCCACGGCAUAUAAUCUUGUCAAGAAUGACACUACGUCUAAUUGCCCCAAGCUAUCUGUCAUGAUUCUCGAUGCAAGAUCUGUCUGUUCUGGUGCCACUGGAAGAAACGGUGGACAUCUCCGACCAGAUCUUUACGGUCACAUCCCAAAAUAUAUCAAUAGAGCAGGUGUGAGAGCCGGUGCUGAGAUUGCAGAGUUCGAGAUUGCACAUGUUCAAGCAUUGAAAGAGCUCAUCUUACACGAGAAAAUUGACUGUGAUUUCACUUUGACAAGAACAUGUGAUGUAUGGAACAACCAAAGUGCUGCUGAUGAGGCUAAGGCUAUCUAUGAUCGGUUGCGCCUGAACCAGGAGUUAAAGUACAUGGAAGAUGUCCAAUUUACCGUUGGUAAAGAUGCCGAAACUAUCUCUGGUGUCAAAGGCGUGAAAGCAUGUUCGACUUACACUGCUGCCACCUUGUCUCCAUACAAGCUUAUUACCUCUCUCCUCGCCUCCGCCUUAGCUACCGGCUCUGUCAACCUUCAAACCAACACUCCUGUCAUUUCAAUCAAGCAAUCAGCUCAUGGGUAUCACUUGAUCGAAACUCCUCGUGGAAUUCUUCGAGCCCGGCACGUCGUCCACGCAAAUAAUGCCUAUGUUUCUGGUCUUCUCCCUGAGUAUGCCAAGAACAUUAUUCCAUGCAAAGGUAUAUGCUGCCAUAUUACAGUUCCGAAAGGUGCUACAAUACCUCCUAUUGACUAUUCCUAUAUCGUUCGCACUGAAGAAGGUAUUCUCGAUUAUCUUAUUCCUAGACCUGAUGGAAGUAUCAUUGUGGGUGGAGCUUCAGCAACAUUUCGUUCCCAUAAAGAUCAAUGGUAUAAUAAUGUGGAUGAUGGGAAGUUGAUUGAAGCGACCAUGGAAAAGAGAUACUACGAGAACUUUAUGCAGCGCACCUUUCGCGGAUGGGAAAACUCGGAUGCUAAAAUCGAGAGUAUUUGGACUGGUGUAAUGGGAUACUCUUUCGAUUCGAACCCUCAUAUCGGUCUCGUUCCACAAAAGUCCGGCCAAUUCAUCAUCGCAGGAUUUAAUGGCCAUGGUAUGCCUGUCAUUUGGCUUGCGGCAAAGGGAUUGGCAGAGAUGUUGAGAACGGGAAAGUCCUUUGAAGAAGUCCGUAUUCCUAUGCCUCUUCCUUUGUUAUUUAAAACGACACAGGACAGAAUUGAUAGAGCUCAAAAAGGUCCUGAAGAUGGUGAUAUUCUUAAUUCAGGGAAAGAUUACGAGAUAAAAUUUGGCGCAUGGAACUAUAGAGUUGAUUAA